AUGGCAAAUUCGACGGGGAAAAAUAUUCCAGAUCAGCGAAGGAAGGGACAGGCUUUCCUGGACGAGCUGCGGCAAUUUCACCAAAGCAGAGGAUCGCCGUUCAAGAAGAUUCCUAUCGUGGGUGGGAAAGAGCUGGAUCUCAACGCUCUCUAUUUCAGAGUCGUCUCUUUAGGUGGAUUCGCUAAGGUGUCUGACAAAAACCAAUGGAAUGAACUCGGGGAAGAGUUUAAUUUUCCAAGGAAUUGCUCCAACGCUGCAUUCGCUUUAAAACAGUACUACCUUCGAUAUUUGGAGAAAUAUGAGCGAGUCCACCACUUCGGCGAGGAUGACGACGAGGCGCAGCCGGGGAACGCCAAGACCUUUCUUCCAGUCGGCGCAAUUCCCACGUCGUACAACUACCAGCAACAUGUUGUAUCAGACUAUCUCCGCCAAAGCUACGGGCUGUCCACCGAUUUUAUCCCGCCGUGCGACUACAACAAACUGGUGCUGUCUCUCCUGUCUGGUCUGCCCAAUGAAGUGGACUUUGCAGUCAAUGUUUGCACUUUGCUCUCCAAUGAGAGCAAGCACGCCAUGCAGCUGGACAAGGACCCCAAACUGGUCACGUUGCUACUGGCCCACACCGGUGUUUUCGACGAUUCGCUAGGCAGCUUCUCCGGGGUGUUCGGUACUGACUGGAAGACGAAAACAUCCCGAGACUUUAUCAGGUUUUGGAAGGAAGUCGUGCAGGAUGCUGAAGUCAGGGAGCUAAUCUGGGACAAGAGCAGCACAGCACAAGAUGGUACAUCAGUAGCAGAACGUUGGCAGAGCCUCUUUCACCCGCCACGGAACCUGGGCAUCAGCGACCUGGAGGCCCAGCGGGUGCUGCAGGUCGCCGUCAUCCUGCGCAACCUCUCCUUCGAGGAGGCCAACGUCAAGCUGCUGGCGGCCAACCGAACGUGCCUGCGCUUCCUUUUGCUCUGCGCCCACUGUAACCUCAUCUCACUCCGACAGCUCGGGCUCGACACUUUGGGCAACGUGGCCGCCGAGCUCCAGCUGGAUCCGGUUGAUUUUCGGAUGACCCAUCUGAUCUUUCACACUAUCACCAAAUGCUUAAUGUCCAGAGACAGGUUCCUCAAAAUGAGAGCCAUGGAGAUUCUGGGCAACCUGAGCAAAGUGGAGGACAACGGCGUGCUCAUCUGUGAGUAUGUGGACCAGGACUCGUACAGGGAAGUAAUGAUGCUCCUCACCCUGCCUGACCUCAUGCUCCUCAUGGCCUCGUUGGAGGUGCUCUACUUGUUGGCUCAGCUCGGGGAGGUUCCCUGCAGUAAAAUCGCUUCUGUGGACCGUAGCAUAGACCUGCUAGUGAGGCUAGUUUCUGUCGAUCUUCAUACAUUUGGACCAGACGCCCUAACAGCGGUACGGUUGAUCGAGCAUCAAGCCAACGCUGAGCAGGCAACCGAGGUUCGACCGCAGUUGGUCGAGCAGGUACCUGCGGCCUCGCAAGGGGGGCCAGCCAAUACAACACGGACACCGGUUCCGUCCACUCAGCCACCACCUGGCAUUGUAGAACUCGAUGGAGAAAAAUUUACAUUGCAAUGGCUAAAUGCACACUUUGAGACAAAUGGCGAAGGUUCGGUAUCCCGGUCGGACAUGUACUCAGAGUACCUGUCCACGUGCAGCAAAAUGGGACGAAGUAACAUUUUGAACUCCACUGGCUUCCUCAAAUGUCUACGAACUGUGUUUCCCAAUCAUACGAUGCGGCGGCAGGACGAGACCAAAGCCAAUGGCCCAGUUCACAUCCUCCUGGUGGGGAUAAGGCGGCGGUCAAUACCGCUGCCCGUCCAGUUGUACUACCAGCAGCCUCAGCAACAGCAGGUGCCUGGUGCAGCGCCCUCCCCUGCUGUUCGACCUGAAACCCCUGCGGACCCCCCAGCUCCAUCUCCAGGUACCCCAUCUGGGAAUCCACCACAGGUAGGCCGGCCAGUUGGCCUCAGCGCAGGUGGCGCUAAUUCAUCUGGGGCCAUCAAUGUGAAGGAGGCCGCUCCCCACCAUACGGGGACCCCGCAGGUGCCUCAGCAGUUACCACCGAAUAAUCAGGCGCUAGUGCAACAACAACAACAGCAGCAGCAGCAAGUACGGUCUAGUCCAGUUGUCCAGAUCCCAACAUCGGGACCAACCUCGCAGAACCACAGCCCACAAACCCCUGCUUUGCCAGCUCCGGUUCAGCAGCACUCUCCCAUGCUUUCCACCGGGACACCAGUCACGCUUUUUCAGCAAGUACCCCAGGGCCACUUACUCACGGCCAGGGUGCAAGGUGUCUGCCCCCCAAUCUCCCAGCACCAGCCCCUCACCCAAACGGCACCUCUGUCCACGCCACAGGGACCCUCUCCUCAAGUAGAUCUUCAUUGCGGCGUGGCAGGAUCCAUACCCACCUCUUCCAUCCAAGCGGCGUCAAGUAAUCCUGGGGCGCCCACUUCCACGGCGUCACGUGUGACUUUUCAAAAUAUCGCCCCCAAACCGGCUCUAAACCAGCCUGCUAGCACAGCAGCCACAAUAGCCAACCAGCAGCCUCAAACGCAGGCACAGAGUGUGGUAAUAGUCGGUCCCAGUCCUCAACAAAAUCAAGCCUACACCCCCGCCAUACACCAAAUUGUUCUUGCCAACCCUUCUGCCAUUCCUGGUGCUCAGUCUCUCCAAAUAGCAGGGCAGCCCGGAGCCCCCUCCAGCCCGUGCCCGGCUGCUGCGUCCCACCCGAAUCCCCAAGUCCAGCCCAGUCAAACUGUCAGCCACACACUGUCCGUCAAACGACAUCAACAAAUGAUUUCGCAAGCCCCUCCCUCUCAGCCUACCUCCUCCGAGUCCAGCUUGAUCAAACAGCUACUGCUUCCAAAGCGAGGGCCUUCCACGCCAGGUGGAAAGCUCAUCCUUCCCGCGCCACAGGUGCCACCACCUAACAGCACCAGUUCACAGGUCAUCUACCAGACGGGCCCCCCUCAACAGCCUCAACAGCUCAACGUUCAGCUGGUUCCCAGUCAGGUUCAGCUCCUACCAGGCCAGCUCAUUUCCACGAGUAGCCCAACCGCAAUCAUCCAGACCCCCAUGGCGUCUGGACAAGUCACAUUUACUGUGGUCCCUAACACUGGUUUUACCACGUCCACGGCAGCAGUCGCCGCGGUCAGCCACGGCGCCGUGGCCCCGAGUGUUCCGUCACCUCCGUUUUCGACGGGAACCGUGCCCCAACAAUCUCCAGCAGUUCCACCGCCGUCGCCGGCUCCGCUCAGAGGGGACAAGAUCAUUUGUCAAAAAGAGGAAGAGGCCAAAGACGCUACCGGGUUGCACAUCCAUGAACGGAAAAUCGAGGUCAUGGAGAACUCCUCGAUGGCAGACGGAGACUCCUCCAACGGGAAGACCAGUAACGGUGAUGUCGGAGUUGGUGCCAAGCUGCUAAACGGUCGGAAGUGCAUGGAGUCAAAUCUACCUCCAUACCACUCAGGGAACAGCCAAGGGACAUUAAAUGGUCCGGCUGCAGAGAGUCCCCCCGCUAAUGGGAAACAGGCCCUCUCCCCUGGCCUCGACGCCGCCUUGGAGGGGAGCCGUGAGCCUAAAAAGACACUGGUCAACGGGGUGUGCGACCCUGACCGGGGUGACAGUGGUGUCAUUAGCAAAAACAUUCCAAAUCACAUUGCUUCCAAACAGUACUUGGGGAACGGGGACGUGGGCCCCACUGAGAAGAGUCAUAGCUCCAACCCCCUUGCUCCCAGUCCGCCCCUCCAGCAGGACGCUGCCAAAGCCCAACAGGCAGAGCGCCUGGCCAAUGGACCUCAGGCGGUAGGCGCCAGGCCGCCCUCGGAAUUAACAAAUGGACCUUUGGGGCCUGGCCACGCCGUGCCCGUGCUAAGGCAGCAACUGCUCCCCAAUUCCACCCUGCCCCCGACUAUCCCCGUCACCUCCCAGAGCGCAAACGGAGUCGCCUCAGAGUCCCGAGGCGUCAAGAGGCCCGCCGAGAACGAGGAACCUCGGUCCUCCGGUAUCCCCAACAAGGUGGGCGUGCGGAUAAUCACCAUCAGCGACCCCAACAACGCGGGCAGCAGUUCCACGAUGGUGGCCGUCCCUGCCGGAACAGACCCAAGCACAGUAGCCAAAGUAGCAAUAGAGAAUGCCAGUCAGCAAAGGAACUGCUCACCCACACAGACAGCUGGUUCAACGCCCACUGUAACCCCGUCCCCGCCCCCCGCGACCCAGUCGGCUCCAGCGGACAGCAACAACCCUCAGCUCCCUUCAACGCAGCAAGCCCCCACAGUACCGCCCGAGCAAAAUAGGAAAGCGGGGCAGAACUACAAAUGUCUGUGGCAAUCCUGUAAACGGUGGUUUGAAACUCCGUCCCAAGUGUUUUACCAUGCAGCAACACAGCAUGGUGGAAAGGAUGUGUAUGGAGGCCAGUGUCAGUGGGAAGGAUGUGAUCCUUUUCCGCGGCAGAGAUUGUCCUUCAUCACGCAUCUACAGGAUAAGCACUGUUCUCGGGAGGCUUUGUUGGCUGGACUCAAACUGGAGGAACAGCAGGCUCAAAGCCCCAACUCGACCCCUUCCCAGACGCCGCCAGUGCCAGGGAGUACUCCGGCGGCGCGACCGCCGAAAGCAAUCGUCAAUCAUCCGAGCGCAGCUCUCAUGGCCCUCCGUAGAGGCUCUCGAAACCUGGUCUUCAGGGACUUUACGGAUGAGAAGGAGGGACCAGUGACCAAACACAUAAGACUAACUGCUGCCUUAACGUUGAAGAACAUCGCCAAGCACUCGGACUGCGGUCGCAUGCUGGUAAAGAAGCACGAGCCUCACCUCUCUGUGCUCGCACUGAGUAACAUGGAGGUCUCCACCACGCUAGCCAAAUGCCUUUAUGAACUGACACGUUCGCUCCAGGCCUAA